CUAUAGCAUAAGAGUACCUAUAAAAGGCACAGUCCAAAUUCUGGAUGAUCGAUCAUCAUUCUGUCAUGAUGGCUCUUACUGCUGGUUGUUUUCGGAAAGGACUCCUGCUGCUCUCUUUUCUCUUCAUUUCUAUAAAUGGACAAUCAGAGCCCUCUUUCAUGGUGACAUUUCCUGCAUUGAUCCAGUCAGGAUCUGAAGCUAAACUGUGUGCAAGUCUCCUGAAGCCCAAUGAAAGUCUGGUAAUGACCGUUCAUCUAGUGAAGGAUGACCAGAUCACAUUAUUACUGCAGGAGAAAACAGAUGAAGAGUUUCAUCGCUGCUUCAACUUCAAGGCUCCAUUAGUGGAAGGAGAAUCAGUGCAGAAAAUAAAGGCUGAAAUUAAAGGGGAGUCUUUCAAGAUGACUGAAGAGAGAAAAGUUAUGUUUAGACAUUACAAUCCUUUGACCUUUAUCCAGACAGAUAAACCCAUCUAUAAUCCAGGACAAACUGUACAUUUCAGAGUUGUUACCACGGAUACACAUUUUGUACCCCUUGAACAACAGUACAGUACAGUGGUGCUUGAGGACAGUCAAAAUAACAGGAUCGGUCAAUGGACCAAUAUUUCCUCAACAAGAUGGAUAUUGCAGCGAUCUUAUGAUUUAAACCCUGAAGCGCGUCAGGGCAGGUACACACUGAUUGCUCACAUUGGUGAAAGAAGGAUAACAUCUUAUUUUCAGGUGAAAAAAUAUGUUUUGCCGAAGUUUGAAGUUACUAUAAAAGCACCAGAUAGUGUGAGUGUGGCUGAUGAGAAAAUGACUAUUGAAGUUUGUGGAAAAUACACUUAUGGGCAGCCUGUCCCUGGAAAAUCGUGGAUAAAAGUGUGUCGUGCUUCACAUUACUCCAAUGAAAAUAUAAUCUGUUUUACUGAAACCGCUGAGAUAAAGGAGACGGGCUGUGCCGUUCAUUUUUUUAAUGCAUCGGCCUUCAGCAACAUUACAAUAAACAAUCAACUUUACAAUUAUCUUAAUGUUGAGGUGAAAGUGACUGAAGAAGGAACAGAGACCACCAUGACAAAAUCAGAAACUGUAUCCCUCACUUAUGAAAUUGGACAAUUGGCAAUUACAGACCUACCAACGACAUAUAAACACGGAUCAGUCAUAAUAGGAAAAAUCAAGGUUACAGAUUUCAAAGGAACACCAAUUCCAAACAAGGACGUUUAUCUCUUUAAGGAGGAGCACUGGUCCCCAAAUCUGCUCUUUAAUCUCACUACAGAUGACAAUGGACUGGCAGCAUUUUCACUUAAUACAUCUAGUCUGCCUGAAAGUGAUUUUAACCUGAUGGCAAGCGUAUAUCCAGGAUUUUAUUUAAGUGCCUAUGGCAAGCCUCACUUCCCUACAGAUCAAAAAGGAGUUUCAAUUUUCCAGCCCGCCACCCCAUAUACUCCAUCAUUUAGUGAACUGACUAUAGACAAUCUUAAGGAACCCUUUAAGUGUGAUGCUGAGUUUACAGUAACCAUUAAAUAUCAUUUCAUUGGAGAAGCCAUUGAUAACUUCAACACUGACAUCGUCUAUAUGGUCUUGUCCAGAGGUGUGAUAGUUCAUCAUGGAUAUGAGAAGGUUGAAGUGAAGACUUCUAAUGGAGCAGCAAGUGGCACAGUGUCAUUCAAACUGUCUGUUAAAGCAGAUCUAACUCCAGUAGUGCAGAUACUUGCAUACUGUGUUCUGCCCAGUGACAAUGUAGUUGCUGCGAGUAAAAACUUCAACACUGAAAAGUGUUUCAAUAACAAGGUGUCUCUUCAGUUUUCUCCUGCUACAGCAGUUCCAGGUGAAGCAAACACAAUACAGCUGUCAGCUCAGCCUGGUUCACUGUGUGCUCUCAGUGCUGUAGAUAAAAGUGUUCACAUCUUGGAACCAGGAAAACGUCUGGAUGUUGAUAAGAUUUUUAACCUUUUGCCAGUGGGUUCAGUGUCAGAAUAUCCAUACCAGGCUGAAGAUGAGCAACCAUGUUUGCAUGUUAGACCCCGUCGAGCUGUGGGAAUAGAUCACGCCUAUAAAUCCUUAAAGAAAGUGGGAUUAAAAAUGGCAACAAAUUUGGCUGUGAGAGAACCUUUGUGUCUAAUAUACAAGGGCGUGACUUUUCACAGACACAAUCCAAUGAUAAUGUAUGACUAUCUUUCGUCUGGACAUGGUGCAAGGGGUGGCUUUGAUGGUCCUCAAGUAACAGUACGGAGUGUCUUUCCCGAAACAUGGAUUUGGCAACUUUCUGAAGUUGGGGACUCUGGAUCAACACAGGUUCCUGUCAAAGUUCCUGACACCAUCACCACCUGGGAGACGGAUGCUUUCUGUCUGUCCUCCAAAGGUUUGGGUUUGGCUCCUCCUGCUCAGCUGACAGUUUUCCAGCCCUUCUUCCUGGAACUUUCUCUGCCUUACUCCAUCAUCCGUGGGGAGAUCUUUGAACUGAAGGCCACCGUCUUCAACUAUCUGUCCAAGUGUAUCAUGGUUAAAGUAACUCCAGCUCCAUCUUCAGACUUCACUCUUAAAGCCUCCUCUGAUGAUGACCAGUAUUCAUCCUGUCUGUGUGCUAAUGGAAGAAAAACCUUUAAAUGGAUUCUCACUCCUUCUGUUCUUGGAGUGUUGAAUAUAACAGUGAGUGCAGAGGCAGAGCAGUCACAGACUGUGUGUGAUAAUGAGAUUGUGAGCGUGCCAGAGAGAGGACGCAUUGACAUAGUUACUCGAAGUCUCCUUGUACAGGCUGAAGGGACUGAAAAGACAGAGACUCACAGCUGGUUACUGUGUCCAAAGGGUAACAGUCUUUCAGAAGAGCUGGAUCUGACGCUUCCUAAAGAUGUGAUAGAGGGAUCAGCAAGAUCUUCAGUUUCAGUCAUUGGAGACAUAUUGGGUCGUGCACUGCAGAAUCUUCAUGGAUUAUUACGAAUGCCGUACGGCUGUGGAGAACAAAACAUUGCUGUUCUGUCUCCCAAUAUUUACAUUUUACAGUAUCUGGAAAACACAAAGCAACUCACUUCAGCCAUCAGAGAGAGAGCCACAGGCUUCCUGAAGAGUGGAUAUCAGAGACAGCUGAACUACAAACAUAGAAGUGGUGGAUACAGUACAUUUGGCAGUGGUGAAGAGAAUACAUGGUUGACAUCUUUUGUCCUGAGGUCUUUUGGCAAAGCACAAAAGUACAUAUUCAUUGAUCCAGAUGUUAUUAAAAGUACAAAGAAUUGGUUAAUAAGCAGGCGCAGUACAGAUGGUUGUUUUAUUCAACAAGGAAGUUUGUUCAACAACAGAAUGAAGGGUGGAGUUAAUGAUAAUAUAACCAUGACUGCUUACAUCACUGCAUCAUUACUUGAACUGGAAACUCCAGUCACAGAUCCUGUGGUCGCUCAAGGUUUGUCCUGUUUGAGGUCCAUCAUUGGGAAUCUUACAAACACUUACAGCACUGCGCUGCUUGCCUACACUUUCAGUCUGGCAAAUGACACGGACACCAGACAGCAGCUUUUAAAGGAACUGGAAAAUCUUGCCAUUUUAGAAGGGUCUCAGCUUCAUUGGUCUCAGUCAGGAUCUGUUGAUGAUUCUGGUUCUCUGUCAGUGGAGAUCAGCUCAUAUGUUCUGCUAGCUGUUCUCACAUCAGAUUCAGUCACUACAGUUGAGUUGGGUUAUGCUAACAGGAUCGUCAGCUGGCUUGUCAAGCAGCAGAACGCCUAUGGAGGAUUCUCAUCUACACAGGACACAGUUGUGGCUCUUCAGGCUUUGUCUUUGUACGCCACCAAAGUCUUCAGCUCUGAUGGUUUCAGUACAGUGACGGUUCAGUCAGCAGGAGACUCUCACAACUUUGAUGUGAAUCAGGACAACAAGUUACUGUAUCAGGAGAAGAAACUGACCAAUGUUCCUGGCAAAUACAGUAUUGAAGUGAAAGGCUCGAGCUGUGUGUCUGUACAGAUGGCUCUGUUUUACAACAUUCCCACUCCCACUGAAGAUAAAACAUUGACCGUUGAAGCUACGCUUGAGGCUGAUUGCAAAAAAUCAUCCACACAACCACAAAAUUUGAAAUUUACAGUCAAAUAUAAUGGUCCACAGCAAACUACUAACAUGGUCAUUGUGGAUAUUAAGCUCUUAUCAGGAUUCACAGCUGACACAUCAUCGAUGUUUGCACCACUUGUGGAGCGGGUGGAUACUAAAGAUGAUCAUGUCCUUGUAUAUUUGAAGGGGGUUCCAAAAAAUCUCCCUAUGAAUUAUGAGAUACAAUUAAAACAGAUUCUUCCAGUCAAGAACCUCAAGCCAGCUGUGAUCAAAGUCUAUGAUUACUACCAAACAAGUGAUCAGUCAGAGACCGAAUACUCCUUUCCAUGUGAAUAAUGCAGCUCAUUGCCUCCUUGGAUGAAUUUCAAGUUGAAAAUAAAAUGUUAUUUUAUGUUUUCAGUUUGUUUGUUCUUUAUUCUAAGCAAAAAAUAAAGUGUUACUACAUGACAGUAUUAAA